UCCUUUUUUUUCUCUUACAGUAUGGACUCCGUUCAAGAUUCUAUGUCGGCUGCCAACUCUGUGCCGUCGGCUAGCACCGUGCCGCCGUUUCUCAGCAAGACUUACGACAUGGUGGACGACCCUUCCACCAACGAUGUGGUCUCCUGGAGCAAAGGGAAUAAUAGUUUUGUGGUGUGGGAUGUCCCAGAGUUUGCCAGGGACCUUUUGCCCAAGUUUUUCAAGCACAAUAACUUCUCCAGUUUUGUCAGGCAGUUGAAUACUUAUGGUUUUAGGAAAGUUGACCCUGACCGCUGGGAAUUUGCUAAUGAGGGGUUUCUAAGGGGUCAGAAGCAUCUUUUGAAAAGUAUCAGCAGGAGAAAACCCGCUCAUGGACACAAUAAUCCACAGCCUCAAGUUCAGAGCUCAUCAGUUGGGGCAUGUGUUGAGGUUGGGAAGUUUGGGCUCGAAGAGGAGGUUGAAAGGCUAAAGCGGGACAAGAAUGUCCUAAUGCAGGAACUUGUUAGGUUAAGGCAACAGCAGCAAACUACUGAUCACCAGUUGCAAGCUGUUGGCCAACGUGUGCAGGUGAUGGAGCAGCGACAGCAGCAAAUGAUGUCUUUUCUUGCAAAGGCCAUGCAGAGUCCAGGCUUCUUAAGCCAGCUUGUACAGCAAAAUGAAAGCAGCCGACGAAUUACUAGGGAGAACAAAAAAAGGAGACUCCCCAGGCAGGAUGAAGAAAAUAUAGCUGUUGAAAAUGGAACUAUUUCUCCAAAUGGCCAGAUUGUAAAGUACGAUCCUAGACUUCAUGAUCCAGCAAAGACAGUGCUUAACCAGAUAUUGAAGAUGAAUACACCACCCCGACUGGACCCUUCAAUUAAUAAUCCUGAUGCUUUUCUAAUUGAUGUCGUUCCUUCCACCAGCACAAUAGACACAGGGAGCUCCUCAACUCGGAUUUCAGGAGUGACACUUUCUGAGGUGCCAUCAUCUUCUGUGCAAUCAUAUGUACAGGCAGAGUCAGGGAUUCCUGAUGCUUACGCACCAUCUGCCACUCACAUUAUGAGUGGUAAAGGAGAUCAAGUUUCUGACAUCCAUAGAUCUGAAAAAGAUGCUCUUUAUCCAAACUUCAGCCCAGUACAAGAAUUGGUGACAACUAGCACUGUUGGAUAUGCUGAUGCAAGUAUGGUGCGCUCUGAGGGUGGACAUGCAGAGUACAUGGAGCCAUUGUCAUCUGCUAUGGAUGGGGAAGUGCCUGAAGAAACAGAUGAUUUCUCUGCUGCUCAUGAUGAGGACAUCUUGAUGAAUGAGACUGCUAAGCUGCCGCCUAUCUUUGAUUCUUUUUGGGAACAGUUUCUUGCAGCAAGCCCUCUUACUGGGGAUACUGAUGAAAUUGACUCAAGUUCACUUGAAAAUGGUGUGAUGAAGGAAUUGGAAUUACCAAAUGGACAAGAGAAUGGCUGGAACAGAGUUCAUCAUUUGGAUCAUCUGACUGAGCAGAUGGGCCUUCUUACAUCCAAUGGCAGAAGGGGGUGAUUUCUUGCCACUUGUACAUGUGUUUACCACUGAUUUAAGGUAAAAUUUUAACCAACUCUUUAUAAUACCGAUCUUGUGGUCUCCCGGUUUCCAGAUAUCAGAUCUGGCUGAUUUCUGUAUGGCACCAUAGGGGAGGCCACUCUCCCUUCCACUUUCCUGCUGCUUAUAAUACAAUUAUGUUGCCUAAUACCUAAAAGUAUUAAAAGUGCUUUAUAUUAUACAACAGUUAGCCUCGGGUCCCUAAUACAUGAUAAUAUCAGUUUUCUGAAUUGCUAUUGUAAUAUGCACAAACUUUAUUUACGUGUAAUAUACAUCUUCAUGUAUGCAAAGCAGUAAAUGCAAGAUGAUGCUAUUUUCUAAGAAUUUGACUUUUGAUAGUUGUUAGAUGUAUGUUGCUUAAAACCUGACAUAAAUUUCUAUUUCUAACUGGAUGGUUCUAGAUCUGCUAGUUUGUAAGUUUUAGGCUGUAUACAUUUAUUCAGACAUGUCAUAUUUGAGUUUCAGAUUUUGUAUGAUUCUUGCAGAGUCGAUGAUCUGCGUUGCUGAGCAGACAAAGGUUUUCUUCAAAGAGAAAUGAUCUUUCGGAAGAGUACCCAUUACAGUUUUAUUGUACUUAAGAAUGUGCUUUGCAAAUGGUUUUCUGGGAAAACCAGUUUUAAAGAACACGAUAUAUGUUGAAAUCCAUGUUUCCUUAGAUGGUUAAAGCAGAGGUGUGUAAUAGAUGAAUGCUUGGAGAGCAGUGUUUCCUUUUACAUGUGAUAUGACAGAACCUUUGGCUGCUUAAAUCCUUUAGUUAUCCUUGAACGUUUGAUUAA